AUGCGGGCCACCACCGGUCGCAGUACAUCGGCUUCCACCACAGGCGGCGGCUCUGGAUCUAAGGCAGUGCCGCCCACCUGGAAACCGACCGGUCACCCCCCUCCUAGAGGCAGCAGUCAUCUUGCAACAACAGCCGGCACACCAGUAUCCAGCCACGAUGGAAAUCAGGGACAGCUGAGUUGGUUCCCGGCUAUACCGUUCUUUAAUUACCUCCUACUUCUAGUGACGAUCGGUGCUGUGAAUCGGUCAGCGUACUAUUACACGGAGCUUCUGUCACUUCUGUUUCUACAGACUCCUUUUUCAGUAGGGAACAAUACAAGAAUAGUUACAUUUGAUGGUGUGACAACAAUGCGUCAUUUCUGGGGGUUUCUGGAAAACCCAAUGAUUGAAGGCCUCUACCGGAGUUCCAUAAUUACCACAACGAAAGCGGAAAUAGCAGGGCAAGACAGAAAGGUGUUAAACGAAAAUAAGGUGCUUGGAGUGCCACGCCUCAGACAGCUAAGGGUUCGAAAUGAUUCUUGUGAAGUACCAGCCAUAUUCACCAGAACUUUUUCUACCUGUUACGAUGCGUACUCUUCUGCUGCAGAAGAAAAGGAGCCAUUCGGACCGAGGAACACUACAGCCUGGAGAUACACCUCUAGUGAAGAAUUAGAUGGUAUCAGUUAUAUGGGAACUAUUUCGAAUUAUCACGGAGGAGGCUAUUACCAGGAUCUGUCUAUUGUACCAAAUGAGACAAUAAAUAUUGUGGCAAGUUUGAAAAAGAAUCUAUGGAUUAACCGAUCAACCCGAGCUGUAUUUUUGGAUUUUACCGUAUAUAACGCAAACAUCAAUUUAUUCUGCGUAAUAAAGCUGCUCUUUGAACUCCCGCCGACGGGUGGUGUCCUGAGCUCUCAUGACUUCACAACCAUGAAGUUAAUACGUUAUGUUGAACCAUUAGAUUACGCUGUAAUGGGCUUUGAAUUUUUAUUUAUAUUUUUUGUCCUUUUCUUCACUAUGGAAGAAGUGAUAGAAAUGAUGUUUUUCAAAUUACAAUACCUCUUUCACUUCUGGAAUUACAUAGAUUUGGUGAUUUUACUGAUUCUAAAGGCAGGUGGAACAUCUUGGAAACAUUAUUUGAUUCUGCGAGUAUGA